GUAGAUUGGGGAGGAACGGGGCAGGUCUGGGCAAGUCUGCCCUGGCAAAGGAAGCCUCCCUAGGCCAGAUUUCAGUGCUGUGAAGGCUUCACGUAGACCUGGGCCUUUUGUUGAGCUCACUCUCAGCUGGCUGACUGAUCUCAGAUUCAACCUUCCACCGAAAGCCACAUUUGCCUUUCUUUCUUUGCUCUCCAGGAAGCUCCUUGCCUGUUAGUAAUGGCUGGUAACUUUUUCUAGGCUCGAGUCACCUGAGGGAUUCCAUCAAGGCAAUCUCCCCGCAGCUUGUUCCUUCACGGUCACCAAACGUCCGCAUCAAACCAGAGGCCGCCAUCAUGACGAAGGACCAGAAUGGAACCUGGGAAAUGGAGAGUAAUGAGAACUUUGAAGGCUACAUGAAGGCCCUAGAUAUUGAUUUUGCCACCCGCAAGAUUGCAGUGCGUCUGACUCAGACGAAGAUCAUCGUUCAAGACGGUGAUAACUUCAAGACAAAAACCAACAGCACGUUCCGCAACUAUGACCUAGAUUUCACAGUGGGGGUGGAGUUUGACGAACACACAAAGGGUCUGGAUGGCCGGAACGUCAAGACCCUAGUCACCUGGGAAGGAAACACCCUGGUGUGCGUGCAGAAAGGGGAGAAGGAGAAUCGUGGCUGGAAGCAGUGGGUCGAGGGAGACAAGCUGUACCUGGAGCUGACCUGCGGUGACCAGGUGUGUCGACAAGUGUUCAAAAAGAAGUGAUGGGCCCAGGGGAAGCCUGGAACAUGUGUAGAGUUCUCUGCCAUUCUGAAAAGCAGCAUUGGGACUCCCUGGUUCCUGACAGAGCCCCCCUUGCAUCACCUGCCUGGGUUUGAAACAGGGUGUGUUAAAGGAACCUACCCCCUCCCCCUUAGAACCUAUUAUUAAAUAAAAAAACAAAACAUC